AUGAUGCUCUUGAUCGCCAGCUGUUUCGCCCUUGUGGUGUCCACCCUGGGCUGUGGUGUGCCCGCCAUCAGGCCUCAGGUCAGCGGCUACCAGAAGAUCGUCAACGGUGAGAACGCCGUGUCUGGAUCUUGGCCUUGGCAGGUGUCUCUGCAGCAAUCUAAUGGAUUCCACUUCUGCGGAGGCUCUCUGAUCAACCAGUGGUGGGUGCUGACCGCUGCUCACUGCCGUGUCAGGGCUGGCUACCACCUUGUUGUCCUGGGAGAGCACAACCGCGGCUCCUCUGCUGAGCCCAUCCAGGUCAUGAGGAUCGCCAAGUCCAUCUCCCACCCCUACUACAACUCCCAGAACUUCAACAACGACGUGACCCUGCUGAAGCUGUCCAGCCCCGCCCAGCUGACCCAGCGCGUCUCCCCCGUCUGCCUGGCCUCCUCCUCCACCUCCAUCCCCUCCGGCACCACCUGCGUCACCACCGGCUGGGGCAAGACCGGCUCCACCUCAAGCCCCAACAUCCUGCAGCAGGUUGCCCUGCCCCUGCUGAGCCCUGCUCAGUGCAAGAACUACUGGGGACAGAACAGGAUCACCGACGCCAUGAUCUGCGCUGGAGCCUCCGGCGUCUCCUCCUGCCAGGGUGACUCUGGUGGCCCUCUGGUGUGCGAGAGCGGCAAUGUUUGGUCUCAGGUCGGUAUCGUCUCCUGGGGAACCAGCAACUGCAACACGCGCACCCCCGCCGUGUACGCCCGCGUCUCCUACCUGCGUGGCUGGAUCGACCAGACCGUCGCCCGCAACUAGAUGCUGAAAACAAGACCCACGUUCAACUCACCAU